AUGGCUUCCCUACUGGGCUUUGCCACAACACCGACGCGUGCCAAUUUGCUUGAGAAUAUUGAAGCCGCUGGUUUGCUAACCAAGGCCUCGAAUGCAGCCACCGAGAUCUUUCUGCGUCUAGAGCUGCAGGAGUUGCACCCUCUGCAGAUUGUGAAGCAGCUCAAUCCAGCGCGGCAGCAACAAUGCCGCGACUUCGUCGGCAGACGUUGUAUCGUCGGCACAGGCGCGUACUAA